AUACAAGUACAAGGUUCAAAAGCCUGAUUUUGAGCAAAGGAGAUUGGAGGGGCAAAGAACAUUAAAGAAUCAUCCUUCUAAAGUACCUGUUAUAAUUGGUAAGGUACAUAAGUCCGGUUUGCCUGACAUUGACAACUUCAAACUUCUUUUGCCUUCUUCUUCAAAAGUGAGUGAUGUUAUUCAGUACAUGAACAACAAGCUAAGACGGCCAUCACAUGCUCCUCUCUAUCUUUAUGUUGAUAAUGAUGUAUUGGCUGGUACUGACAGCACACUGGCUAGACUAUACCAGGAAUACAGAGAAUCAGACUACUUUUUAUAUAUCUGUUACUAUGAAGGAACUGCAAGCAGUAGUGAUCGAGAGUCAUGACAAUUAUUUUUCAAAUUAGUAAAUAAAUUGUAUUAUUUCAUUUCUUAAUACACAAUACAUGUGUUGCUUAUUUUUGUUCAGAUUAACUAGCGAGACACAUUCAAAUUUAUACUGUCUAAUGAAGUAGCAGUUUUUUAAUCUUUGGCCUAAUUACUGUUUGGCAAAGGCAUCUUCUAACUGUGAUAAUAGAGUCACAAAUGGGCCUUUUUGUGCCUGUAUGCAAAAAUUGAGUCUCACUUGUUGGUUCUUAAAAGCACAUUAUAUUUUUAGCAUUGGAAAGUUGAUUAAAGAUUUAAUUAUAAUUGAGACAACAACUGAAGAUAAUAAGAGAGAGAGUACAUCCAAAAAUAUUGAAUAUUUUUUUGAAAAUAAUAUGCUUAGUGAGGGUGGAUAUGAUCACAUGAUUGAUACUGUAUUCCACCCCUUAAAUCUAACCAUCAAUGGCUGGAAAGACUACAAGUAUUGUGGAGAGUGCCUCUCCAUCAAGCAUUUUCAAAAAGAACUUUGUAAAAUUUAAAAAUCUACUUGCAAGGGACCCCAAUUUCUGUGAUUUCACUGAUAUCUUUUUUUCAAAGGACCUAAUAACAAAAAAUGAACUGGAUGCAAUCAGUUCUCAACCAAAUUUGUCAAGCAGAGAAAGAAGUAGCAAAGUGACCCAUUACCUGUUUGAGAGAAUCAAAAACAGUGAUGAUCCUAAGAAAUGUGUGUUGACAAUCUGCGAAGCACUGGAAGAUGAGAAUAUUGACGACAACCAAGCAAAGAAAAUUGCUACUGCCAUAAGGACAGAUUUAGAACCUCCUUUGCAAGUACAUGUACAUGAUCCUGAGCUCCCAUUAGUCUCAACUCCUACUACUAAUCAAGAUAAUACUAGGGAGAAAAUAUUUCUCGAAAACCGCAUAUGGACCAGAGGUGAAGAUGGAGAGGAUAUAAUCAAAUUGUGUAUUGAAAAGCUUAAAGAAUCAAGAAUAUUUCCUGAUGACAAUAAACUCAUGCAUAGAAUAGCACAUGUGAUGUCCAGGAAUAGUUGUAACUUUUGCAAUGAUGGUGGGAUAUGGCAAGUGAGCAUGUUUGCAUUUCAAGAUACUCAUGAUACUCGCUCACAUAUCCGUUUGGGAAGAAAAUAUGAAAGAAUAAUGCAGCAUUUUGGAAUUAAUUGGAGAAAAGUAGAAAGGAGCUAUCUUACUAUUCCAAUUUAUUCAGCCAUUGCUGCUAGACUGUAUUUAAGUAACUUUCCAAAAUUUAUUCCUCCUGAAUACAAUAUAAAGGAACAAGCUGACUACUGGUGGGAGAUUUACAUGGAAAAGCACGAGUCAAGAGAUUUUAUUAAAUGUCAAACAUUCAUUGAUACUGUGACAGCUUUAGAAGGUGAUUCUGAUAUUGCACUGCCUUGUAUUGAGAAGCGUAUCUGGGUCAGAGGUGAAUCUGGAGAGGAUGUCGUUAAUCUGUGCAUAGAAGAAGUUCAUGCAUCUGGUAUUGCAUCAAUUGAUGGUGUGUUCUUGCGUAGAGUAGCUUUUGUGAAUUGUGAUGUCACGUGAUGGAAAACCACCAUUUCCUUUGUAUACUGAUGGUGGAAUAUGGCAAGUGAGUUUGUUUGCCUUUAGGGAAACACAAAAUCUCAAAGUACAUGGUCACCUUAAAGAAAAAUUUGAAAAGAUUUUUGAAAAAUUUGGGAUAGACUGGAGCAAGGCAGAGAGGAAAGAUCUUGCUAUUCCGAUGUACUCGUCCAUCGCUGCUUCACUUUACAUGAGUAACUUUAAAGAAGGCAUUCCUCCAGCAUGCAGUGCAGAAGAACAAGCAGAUUACUGGUGGAAUAUCUACAUGAAAGACCACGAGUCUAAGCGGUUUAUGGAACGUACUCAUUUUAUCUAUACUGUAGAGGCUUUAGAAAAUAACACUCAGCAGCAAAAGUCAAACUAAAGUACACUAGUAAUGAUUUGCUAUAAUGGCAAUGAUAAUUUAUUAUGAUAAAAAUAAA